UCGAUCCCCUGGCACAGCGCCAUGCAGUGACAAGAUCUGUGAGUCAGCACUACACCCGGUGUGCGACGGCGCGAUCAAUACCGUCCCCCCGCCCCUCGCAAGCUAUUACCUGAAAACCCACCUCGAAAACCCCAUAGAACCAAAAAAAAACCGUGAAUUUCGCGUCGUGUUAGCAUCUCACAAAGUUCACGGUCAAUAUACUAUUUGUGAAUACUAGAUUUUUAGUAUUACGCGUAUCACUUGCAAAUGUCGAAUCGCUCUCUCCGCGAACGCGCGUGUGCUAACUUCGGUGCAUUUUCUUAGUGUAAAGUGCAGCGAUGGCCUCGAAGGUACUCGUGCCUGGAGUGCCUUUCGCUUCGCUCCAGGGAAAGGUGAAAAAGACACCCGUAGAGCCAAAUGGCAGCGGGCUUUACAUCAGUGGAGGUGACCCGGUCGCGAGGAUCGCCCACCUCGAGCACAGCGUUCGGUUCCUGCAGAAACAACACCGUCUGAUGCUCAGUGGCCUGCACGCCGAAAUUGAAUCAUUGCGAGAGAGAAACAGAGACUUACAAUUUCAAUUGAUAUUCAACAAAGAGCCUGCAAAAAAUUGCUCGACUAGCGAUGACAACGAAAACCUGGUGUCAUCUCUGCGACGAGAUGUAGAGCGGUUGGAAAAGGAGGCAACAGCAGCACGAAGCGAGGCUACUGCCUGCGCCCACGACUUACUGAGACUUCAACGCCUUGUCGACGAACAAGCCAACAAGCUGCGGUCUCUAGAGGAGGAAGCAACGGAAAAUGAGGAAGGUGAAAGCGCUGGAGCUCUACGCGCCCGACUUGGCGAAGCAGAGCGGCUGGUCCGGCGGCUUCGGGCGGACGCCGAGCGGCAGCGCAGAGAGGUACUCGGGGGCGCGGGCGUCACCAACCUACUAUUCGACGGCGCGCCCGCACACCACGCGCACUUGCAGUGCAUGAAAAGCUCGCUGAUGCGCGCAGGCGCCGUCGACGCAUUUGGCUUUCCCACCUUGCCAGCCCCAUACCUCCAUACAACAGAUUUUUGGAGAGAGCCUUUGAGAGAAGAGUACAGCAUGCGAGGUGGCGGACGACAACGACGACCCAACACACUUCCAGCACUCGCUGUUCUCCCACAGCAGCCCCGCCCACCCGCGUAUGCUCACAGCUAUUUCACAGAUUUGCGAGGGCGGGGAUAUACAGAAAGAGUUAAAAAGUCACAAACACUGAACGGAGAGUCCCAUACUGGAAAGAGCCCGGAUGAAACAGAUCACCCACGAAUAAAUCCAGUUAAUACAGAUAAUUUACAGAAAAUCAACCCUGAAGCCACUUAUCCCGAAUUAAAAAUUGUGGUCACUAAAAUAAUUCCACACGGAAAUGUUAACACAUCGUCGUCGGUAACGGGCGCGCGGCCGCGGCCUCGUCGCCCGCACCGCAAACACGCGUCCGACCACACGUAAUGCAACGGAGCCCUCUCACAAAUAUAGCUUUUGUUUAUCAUUGGUGAAAUUAUGAAACUUGAACGUUUGACAAAGUGCUGCCAAAUUUAAAAACGUGUUAGCUUUAUAAUUAUUUUGUCAGUACUUAAUUGAGAAUGCCUUUUCGCUAGUAUAGCACGAAUAUGGAAUUCAAGACUAAAAAUGUUAUCAUUAUUUCAUAGACUGUGAAUAUGUCAAAUCUUAUUAUCAUUCCAUUUUAGUGGCGAGACAGCUAAAUAUCGAAAUAUUCGUCCAUUCCAAGCUCUAUUGAAUUUUAAAACAUUAUCAAUAUCCGAACGUCAUCUUGAAAAUAUAUACCUAUUGCUUUUAAACCUUACUUUAUAUGAAACAAAUUUAUGUUAAGCCACAGUAAUAUGCUACUAUGGAUAUUUGUACGGGGAACAAAUAUUUCAUUGCUAAACAUAAAAUAUAAACGCUGGGACCGCUUUGGGAAAGCCCUUAAAUUCACAUUCACAAUAAGUUGCUCUGUGGUCUGAGUAAUACAAUUAAAUGUAAAAUAGUGUAUAAAUAGGCUGUGAUUUGUACCAACAUAUAUAAAAACUUGUACUUGUUAUUCCAAUACGUAGUGAGCGAUCAAUGUAGCGUAGUAAUUGCACAAAUAACACGGUUUCAACACACGUUUUUAUUAUAUUAGAGAUUGAAGUCAAUUGACACCAGUUUUAAUAAAAAGGUUUAUCAAUAAUUGAAUUUAUAAGUAGACUGAAGUAGAUAAUAAUACAAUUGGUGAGUUAUUAAAAGGAAAAAGUCACUGUCAGAAAAUAAAAGGUGUUAUUAGAUAAAGUCAAUAGCAAAAUAGGUGGUAGGUAUGUAAUUGCAAUUUGAUUAUUAUUUGUGCCUCACGGAAGCAAUACAAUUUUGAAUAUGUCGCACUCCAUCAUUCCUUGUAAUCGUCCUGUGCAUUUUGCUGUAGUUUUUGCGCAAGGCACCGCCUUAAAUAUAUAAUAAUGUUAUAAUAUUCCCUAAAGUAUUAAGACAAUUUCAUAUACAUAAAUAUUUCUAUUCAUUUUAAUUCUAUAGUAAUACCAAAAUAUAAUAAUUAGUAUUAAUCUAUGCUCCAAACAAUAAUUUGACGUAUUUAUAAACAUUAUGGAUGAUCAUUUGUUAAACAUCAUAGAAACAGUAUCAAUGACGUAUAAAAUUAGUCUUGUAUUUAGCUGCAUUUGUGAGAGUGUUGACGUAAUCUAAACACUAUUCUGUAGCCUUAUUUCUUAAUAUCGUAAAUAAUUAUUAAUUACUUAUAUAAUAAAUGAAUUAUAUUUACUGUC